CUUGUCCUGCACAAAUGAAAAAUACCAAAGAGUCUCCUUUUUAUCUGUUCUUUCUCUUGACUAUUAAGACUUAAGAUCCAUAAACAAGCACUUACACUUAUGCUUAUGGCUUGCAAUAUCCAAACUUCUUUCUAUAAUCGCCAAGUAGAAAAUUUGUCUCCAGCCAGUAGGCAUUUGUUAUCUAACAGAAGAACUGGCAAUUCCCAUGUAGUUUGUGCUAAAAUCUUCACCAGGGAAAGUCCCCAAAUCAGAAAAUCGGAGGUUACAAAUACAAACAGACAUGCUGCGACAGAGAAACGAGUUUCAAAGGUCAACCCAGGAAAAUUUGGAAGGUUCGGAGGCAACUACGUGCCCGAAAUUCUCGUUGCAUGCUUGAGAGAGCUUGAAACUCAAUUCAUUUCUGCUUUACGGGACCCUCUGUUUCAGGAGGAGCUAGCUACAGCACUAAGAGACUAUGUAGGAAGAGAGACUCCCUUAUAUUUUGCAGAGCGGCUUACGAAUCACUACAAGAAAGAAGACGGAAAAGGACCAGAAAUUUACUUGAAAAGAGAAGAUCUCAACCAUUGUGGUGCACACAAGAUGAAUAACGCGAUUGCACAAGCUAUGAUUGCCAAACGCAUGGGAUUGAAAAGUGUCGUGGCGGCCACCGGUGCUGGACAACAUGGCGUUGCUACUGCUGCUGCUUGUGCUAAGCUUUCAUUAGAGUGUACCGUUCUUAUGGGCACCACGGACAUGGAAAAGCAAUCCUCUAACGUACUCUUGAUGAAACUAUUAGGAGCUCAGGUUAAAGCUGUAAAUGGAAAUUUCAAAGAUGCGAGCUCAGAAGCAGUAAGAGAAUGGGUAGGCAAUUUAGAGACAAGCUAUUACUUGUCAGGGACAGCCGUGGGGCCUCAUCCAUGUCCAACUAUGGUACGGCAGUUUCAGUCGGUGAUAGGAAAAGAGAUAAGGAAACAAGCAAUGGAGAAAUGGGGUGGGAAGCCAGAUGUGCUUAUCGCCUGCGUAGGAAGCGGAUCAAAUGCAUUGGGAGCUUUCUACGAGUUCAUAGAAGAUGAAGAUGUAAGGUUGAUUGGAGUUGAAGCUGCUGGAUUUGGUCUGGAUAGUGGAAAACACGCUGCUACCCUUGCUAUGGGAGACGUGGGUGUCUACCAUGGAGCCAUGAGCUAUUUGCUGCAAGAUGAAGAAGGACAGAUACUAGGACCACAUUCUAUUGGUGUAGGGUUGGAAUAUCCAGGAGUUAGCCCAGAACUAAGCUUGCUUAAAGAAACAAAACGGGCAGAGUUUUAUUCUGCUACAGAUAAGGAGGCUGUAGAAGCAUUCAAAAGACUGUGCAAGUUAGAGGGUAUAAUUCCAGCUUUGGAGGCGUCUCAUGCAUUGGCAUUUCUGGAGAAACUGUGUCCUACUUUACCCAGUGGCAUUAAGAUUAUAGUAAAUUGUAGCGGCGUUGGAGAUAAAGAUGCUGCGACAGUCUUAAACUACAAAGCAAACUAUAAGUGUAUAAAUAACAUCAAUUGAAAAUUUGAUGUAAGAGAAAUAUUUAGCAACUAUAAUAUCGUUUUGCCUUUGAAUUGACUAGAAUACCGUUUUACUUUUGUAACCAUGAUAUUAUCUAGUUUACUUAGUAGUCAACCACAUAUCAAAUUAUAUACUCGCUUUCUCCGUUCUAAAA